UCCACUUUUGAACACCCAACAUUAAUUCAACCACUACAACAAUUAUUCAUAUCUUUUGACCUAACAAAUAACACACACACACACACACACUUGCAAGAAAAUGGUGAAAGGUCUCAGUGGGAGGAAGAAGCCGGCCGAGGAACCAGUUCUUCCCAAGGUUACAAUCUGCAUUGCCCAGGAUGGAGACGAAGUCUACUUUCGAUACGUUCGAAACAAGAAAAUUCAAAAUCUGUUGACCCUUUACUGCAAAGAAAAGAACAUCGACUACCGAUCUGUCGAGUUUUUGUUCAACGGUAAACGAAUCGCAACCGGAAGGAAUGCUAAUCAGCUUGGCAUGGUGGAUGGAGAUCAAAUAGAUGUUAUGACGCAUAAUAUUGGAGGUGGCUAAAAGCUCUCAACCAAUGAAAAAUUAAACAAUAAUUAAUAUAUGGUAUUUAAUUUGGUUUAUAUUAUAAAUUAAAAUUAAUAUCUCUAGGAUUUGUUUGGGUUGUGGAUUAAUUAGACAUGAUUUAUUAAUUAAUCAUGUAACAUUAUCAGGUAUUUGUGAAGUAUGAUUUUGGUUACUGAUCAUGCAAAUGAAGGAUGCCUAUAGUAUAUUGUUUUAUUUAAUUUCGACUUUUAGUAAACGUAAGACAUUUUAUUAGUUAAUUAAAAUCCGGCACCAACCCUAUUUU